CUGUUGCAGAGAAAAAGAAACUGAAAGAACAAACGUGAUUUUACAGUUCAGAUCGUCGAGAGGAGGUUACUGUCACUAUGUCUUCAGACGAGGAUUUCUCUCUGAUUACCACCACACCGCCGUCUGAGGACACACUGGAGGGAAUCAUGGCCUCAAUCAGCAGCUGCAAGAAGCAGUACAACCAGCUGCUGGAGGAGCAGAAGGACCUCGCUACCUCCAGAGACGACCGGCGGAAUCUGACGAAGCAGUUCAAUCAGCGCACCAUGAAACUGAACCAAGACCUAAAGGACGACCAGCGUUCCCACAAGGACCAGCUCGCCAAAGAACAGGCGAAGCUGAAUCAGCUGAAGGAGGAUGAGAACGAGCUGAUGGAGGAGAUCCGGAGGGUGGAGGCUGCACUGAAGGAGCAGAAGGCUGAAAACAAACAACUGCAGCAGCAGACGGACGUGUUCACCGCCGUGCCGGAGAAGAAGCUCGUCUUCACCGGUUUGACAGGAAGUGCAGACGACACGGAGAUGUUUCAAAUGAACCCGCGCAUAGUCUACCCGAUGGAGGGCGGCACGGCGCUGGUGACGUUCGAGGAGGAAGUCGUUGCAAAGAAGAUUCUGGCCUUGAAGGAGCAUAAGGUGGAUCUGGGAGGAGAUUGCAGCAUCACUGUGGAGGCCACACCAGUUCAUCUGAUGCUGCCACAGCUGGUGGAGAUCGACACCGACGUCUGCCCUCGCCGCAUUUUGAUCUCCAACCUGCCCAAGGGCGACACCGACAUGCUGCUGAGCAAGCUGGAGAUCUACUUCUCGAAGAGCAGACACGGAGGCGGGGAGGUGGAGGACUGCGAAAUGCUGCCUGACUCUGGGAACGUGGUGGUCACGUUUGUGAACAAAGGCAUUGCCGAAGGUCUAAUAGACACCGAGUAUCAUGAAGUGAAGCUACAAACGACGAAGCACAAAGUGAGAGUGACUCCUUUUCUGAAUGGAAAGAUCACUAACUUGGAGACCACGACGACAGCGUGUCCUCGCACGGUGCUGCUGACGGGAAUACCUGCCGUCAUGGAGCAGGAAACUUUGCAGGACCUGCUGGAAAUCUACUUCCAGAAAAACGGCAACGGCGGCGGAGAGAUCGAAGCCUUUCUCUACAACCCUGUGGGUCAGCAGGCCUCGGCCCUGUUUGUAGGCAUCUCAUCAGAAGCAGAGGAGGAGAAGUAGCUGUUGAUUUAAAGUGUGGCUCAAAAAAACCCUUCUCAGCUUCAUGGUGAUAACAUCUGCCCAAAGUGAAGAUAUGAUCCAAGCUGCUGAAAAAUGUCUUGAAGUAUUAUAUUCUGUUUCAGAGCUGUUGGAAUCCAGCUCAAAGUUACUUAACGUCUCGUUUUGGGGUAUCAAGGUGGUUGUUUAUUUUUCUAGAACAAAAUCUAAGAAUAAUAAUCUCAUAGAAAUAUUUAAAUUGGUGUAUUCACAGAUGAAGAAGACUUUAAACUGGGUGUUUUCUGUCUGAGUGCACAAUGAAUACGAUCUGGAAAUAAUACCAAUAACCUACUGUUAGUCUUAAGACUGUGUUGUUAUAUGCAAAUGUAAAUGACUUCCUGUAACACAUUAAAUUGGUGCAAAAUGUUAAAAAUA